GUUCGACUUUUUCGCGCUCUAAAAUCUUUCUUCUACUUUCAAGAUUCUCUGAGUUCGACUUCUUGAAAUCUCAGGUUUGUCGAUGUCUCCCUCUCAAUCAAGCCUGUUGUUGUUAUUACUGAACGGACAUCGAAGAAGCCGUAAUCACGCUUGGACGCGUAUUAGGGUUUUCUUCUGGUUUUAGAGUUUCAUGCUGAUGUGUUGCAGUCGGUUAAGGAGAUAAGGAUUGGAGUUUGAAUUUUUAAAUAUGCGAAAUAUCAAGAUUACUCUUCAAGAUUUCGAUUACUGCUGAUCUGGAUUUAAAUAUGUGGAAUAUCAAGAAUACUCUUCAAGAUUUCGAUUACUGCUAUCUAGAUUUUGUUUUACUUUUUGGGUAGGGUUAGGGUUUUUGUAAUUUCUUACUUGGAAUGGGAGCAUCAAAGGAUUCGACGCAAUUUGGUUCUUCGUCAUACGUCCCGUAUUAAAAUAGUAUGUUAUUCGGCAUGGUUUCUUUGGAAAUUCAGAUUCCUGUUACUAAUUAACAGUCAGAUAUUGUGGGAUUACCUUCUGACAUUUUGAUCUUUGAUGGGACCGUUUAAUAUGACUCUGUUAUUUAUUGAUUCUCUCUGUACAUCUUUCUUCAUUAUAGUAUGGACGUUAAGGUGACCAGGGGACUCUCAUAUCAAACGGAAAGGUAGUCUUUACUUGUUGGUGGACAGGCUGCUAACCGUGCAUUAUGCAAAUUCUAUAUGGUUGGAAAGUGCAACAGAGCCCCUGUAGGUUUCUACAUUCACAACCACCGAUCCUGACUGAACUGUCAAGUGAUUUACUUGAAAACCGGCCAAGGAAGAAUACCAAUUUUAGUGGCCCGAAGAAUGUAUGGACUUUGAGUGGCUCAGAAGAUGGAAUCACGCAUAGUCAAAUCAGAAACACCCCCAAUUAUAACAGACCUAAGAACUCCUUGGCUUCUUCUUCUGAAAGUAUUGAGUCCGGAGACAAAAUAAGUACUUCAAAGACUCCACCAAUCGACUGUCAAUACUGGCUACCUGGAAAUUGUGUGAAAGGAGAUAACUGCCAGUUUAUACAUUCAUGGCUUUGCGGGAAUGGGAUCUCAAUAUUGGCAAAGCUUGAUGGGCACCAGAAGGUUGUCAGUGGGAUUGCCCUUCCAUUAGGGUCAGACAAGCUUUAUUCAGGCAGUAAAGACGGAACUGUACGACUUUGGGACUGUCAUGCUGGUCAAUGUGCCAAU